AUGUCAAAAGUCCAUAUCCCAUAUGGCACAGUAUCAAAAGUCCAUGAAAAUGCUACUGUGCAAGAGCACAGGUGCAAUUACAGUGACUGCUGCUUCUCAUCCUCUCCUUGGGCCAUCCUGGAGGGACAAGUGGAAAGAAAUGGGGAGGUGGGAGAGAGACUGUCAGAUGCCUGGGAGCAGUACAGAAGAGAAAAGUGGAAUGCCCUGUUCCAGGAGACAAAGAUCGCACUCUCUAAUUCCCCACUCUACCAGUAUCUGCAGGAUUUGGGACACACCGACUUUGAAGUAUGCUCAGCUGUGUCACAGAAGGCAGAGCAAUGUGCAGCAGAGGGAGGCCAUCAAGAAUGGACUGCUCAUGCUGCCCAGAAACAAGGCAUCCUGUCAAAACUAGCUGAGUCCUUUAGAAGUUGGUUUCCUUUUCCACAGUAUAAGAAAAAUAAUGACAUUCUUCACCGACUGGAUGUUGGAUUUCGAUUUGACACACUCCGUACCAUCCUGGAACAGGAAGUUCUGCUGCAGGAGGAUGUGGAACUGAUUGAGUUGCUUGACCCCAGUAUCCUGUCUGCAGGGCAGUGCAAGCAACAGGAAAAUGGACAGCUUCCAACACUACGCUCCCUAGCAACUCCUAAUAUUUGGGAUGUCUCACUGUUGCUUGCCUUUGUAAGUGCACUGCUUAUGCUUCCUUCGUGGUGGAAGGAAUCAUCUUGGCUGCUGUGGGGACUAGUUCUGCUUGUCUAUGCCAUCUUACGAGUUUGGGGCACAUGGAGGACAGCCAAGCUGCAAAUGUCCCUGCGAAAAUACUGCCUUCAGCUGGAAGAAACAGUGGCAAAUAGCCGAGCUUUUACUAAUCUUGUGAGAAAAGCUCUGCGACUCAUUCAAGAGACUGAAGUCAUUUCCAGAGGAUUUACCCUGGUCAGUGCCGCUUGCCCAUUUAAUAAAGCUGGACAGCAUCCUAGUCAGCAUCUUAUUGGUCUCCGGAAAGCUGUUUAUCGAUCUGUCAGAGCCAACUUUCGAGCUUCAAGACUGGCUACUCUGUACAUGCUGAAAAACUACCCUCUAAACUCCGAGAGCGACAAUGUGACCAACUACAUCUGUGUAGUCCCUUUUAAGGAGCUGGGGUUGGGGCUGAGUGAAGAGCAGAUGUCUGAAGAGGAGGCACACAAUCUCACAGAUGGCUUCAGCUUGCCUGCGCUCAAGGUUCUGUUUCAGCUCUGGGUAGGGCAGAGCUCAGAAUUCUUCAGGAGACUGGUACUGCUGCUAUCUCCAGCCAAUGCAUCUCCUAAGCCCUUGAUCUCCCCAGAACGUUUGCCUCAUCAUAUUUUUUCUGAUGUGACUCAAGGCCUACCUCAUACACACGCUGCCUGCUUAGAGGAGCUUAAGCGAAGCUAUGAGUUUUAUCGGUACUUUGAAACUCAGCAUCAGUCAGGUUUUGAACGGACAACCAGAACAAAACAGAAGUCAAGAGAGCUGAACAGUCUGCACACAGCAGUUCGCAGCUUGCAGCUUCAUCUCAAGGCACUGCUGAACGAGGUAAUAAUUCUUGAGGAUGAACUUGAAAAACUUGUUAGCACUAAGGAGACGCAUGAGUUAACAACAGAAGCCCAUCAGGUUCUGGAACAAAAACUAAAGUUUAUUCAGCCUCAUAUCCAGGCAAGCAACAGCUGCUGGGAAGAAGCUAUUUCUCAGGUCGAAAAAAUGAAUCGAAGAAACCCAGAUAAAAAAGGCAAACUUGAAGCUUCCUGUGACAACAUACAGCGUUCUACAGUACCUUUAAUACAGCCUGCCCUACACAUUGAAGACAAAGAUCCAAUCCCUGAAGAGCAGGAAUUGGAAGCAUAUGUUGAUGAUUCAGAUAUGGACAAUGAAUGUAAAAAGGAAGAUUUUUACUGCUUUUCCCAGGAAGAGAGAGAGAGACAAAAACGGGAGAGAGAGGAAUCCAAGCGGGUGUUACAAGAAUUGAAAUCUGUACUGGGAUUUAAAGCUUCAGAAGCGGAAAGACAGAAAUGGAAACAGCUGCUAUUCAGUGACCAUGCUGCAGUGAAACCCUUGUCACCUGUAGAACCACUGAAGCUACUAAAUAAUUUGGAAUCACCUAUGAAUUCAGACACAGAAAAUCAGGACUGCAGCCAAAGUUGUGAUAAAUCUGAAGAAAGAGACUCUAAUCUAAAAGUGAAUGUUGCUGAUAAAAGCAGGACAGUAUAUUUGUAUGAAGAUCCUGAGAUGGAGAAAAACAAAGACGGUACUACUGAUGAAAGUAUUUCUACAGGGGCUGACAAAAGAACGUAUUAUCAGUGUGAAGGGGAAGGAGAAGAACUCACGCGGAGUGAUGUGGAUGGAGUGGAGGUUUCACAGCCUCCCUUUCAGGAUGCAUUGCAUUCAAAAAUCAAGCAUAGGCUGGCCCAACUCCAUAUAUCAACAGAUUUUAACUUCACAUCUGGUCUGGCUGCUCAAGUUGCUGCCAGGUCUCUUACUUUUACUACAAUGCAAGAACAGACUUUUGAAGAUGAUGAGGAUGAGGAGGAAGAAGAGAAGAUUCAGGAGAAUGAAAACCUUAUGGAAGAGUGUGAGAAUGAAGACAGAGGCUCUGAAAAUGAAGAAAAAGUACAGGUCUGACCUGAACUUUGUUAGGCCAACAGCAGAUGAUUUGAUAGAAAUACCUAAGGUGGGGGUUUGAAGAUGAAAAUACUGAAUGGAAAAAUGGAGACCUAAAUGUAAUACAUCUUGUUCCCUAAGUAUGCUACGCUAAAUAGGACUUCUAAGUAUAUUGAGAAUUUGCAGGUAAGAGGAAUUUAGGCUGCAUCCAAAAAAUAAUUGGCUGUUGCCCCUUGAAGACCUUAGUGGUGGAUUUUGGAAUUUACCUUAAUGUUUUCUGCUUUAUUUAUUUAUAUUAUAAUGUGUUUUUUUCUAAAAAUAAGGAAAAAUAAUGUAUUGAAUUUCAACAGACUCCGUUUUUUGCUUUUUGACUCUGUGGUCAUGGUAUCAAUGUUAGUUCCAACAAAAAAGCCAGGAGGCUUCUUUUGGAAGAACCUGAACUGAUCCCUGUGAUCUUCCUCCACCCCGUUUGUUUCACUUCUUGUGUCUGCAGUGCACUGGUUAAAUCACCGUAGGCAUUUUGUGAUUCUGUAGCCAGUGAUGCUCCCAACUAAAAUGUAGAAUUUUAAAUAAAAACAUGAAAGAGCUAGUGUUUCAUGUGUCCUGGGAUAUGGGGCUGAAAUAUACUAAGUUAGUCAUGCUUCAUAUUAAGGUUUGUUUAGAAUUUUAUGAAGGGUUAAUAAAUGAUUUCAAGAUGUUGUAAUUCAUGUUAGAGAAAUAUGUAGUAUAUGUUAGAGAAGGCUAUAAACAUGUCAGUAGAAAGUACUAGUAUAGAUAGCUAAAAGCUAUCUGUUGGAUUGAUAAUAGAUGAGAAUUAAAUAGCUAUUUAUUAAAACAGCUAUUAAUUAUUUGUUAACCUUUUGUAAAUUGAACCUUAAUAUGUUUGAUUUAUAUCAUUUGCACAGGGUUACAGUUUGUUUAUUGUACAUUUGUGUUUAUGUCCUGAAAUAAUUUUCUUAAAGCUAACUGAGUGCUCCACUUGCAACGUGCCCUACUUUGUUUAAACAGCAUACUUGCUUUUCCCUAAUGUUCUUUCAUUUUUCCUUAGAUCACAGCUAUAACCCGUGUGACUAAGAGUCCAUGAGAGAACAAGAACUGUGUAUUUUCUGAGGUGUAUCUUUUAACCUGUUGACACCUAAGUCUGGAUGUUUGGUAUGAGGUUAUGUGGGUUUUUUUCUUUCUCUGUAGCAGUGAUGUGAGGAGCAGCAAACUCUGGUAUGGCAGAUGGUCAUCCCACAGAGGAGCUGAGCAGUGGUUUCACUGGCUUUUGCCCUCUGAUAUCUUGUGAGGAAAAGGUUCCUCGUCUCUGAUGGUGAGAGAGCAGCCUCUCCAUAUGGAAUGCUUUGCUUGGAUCUGGAUAAAUUUCCAGUCAGAAAUCAUUUCACCCAUUACUUAGGGCGUUGCCUCUUUGAACUCGAUGAUCCUUUAGAAUAAAGGGUAUGGAGAUGCAAGUGGUUCAGAGUACCUUUCCUAGGAUACUGUCGUGGGAAGCGGGGAAGCUGGUGAAGGUCAGCAGGUUGGGGCAGAACCCUUGGCCACAUGUCAGAAAACAAAUCCUUUCUUUCAACUUCCCUUUUUUCUAGUAGUGAUUUCAUAGGAACAGUGUGAGUGUAAAUAUGUGGCUUUCUUCACAGACCAUAAUUGGGUAAAUAACAACUUACAGAAAAGGGAACAUGUGACUCAUUAUUAUUUUCACAAUGUAAUGUCUGUCUUCUCCCUUGCAGACAGCUUUUGGUAAGAGAACGUUUUGACUUGCUUCCAGAUAUAUUGUAUUUUGUGCCCUUAGUUAUGUGUAGGUGGCUUGAAUCUGAAUGGAUGAUGUCUUGCUUAAAAAAAAAAGAAAAAAAAAACUUUUCUCCAUGUAUUCAGAAGCUAAGCCUCCUCUUAGUGGUAGAAUCUGUUUUUCUCUAGGCCUGAAGAGGUUAGGCUAAGAAAAUGAAAUACUACCUUAUUUCCUCCGUGGCAAGCAAUUGUUUUUUUCAAGUCUAGAACCACUGCUUUGGAUAAACUAUAUGUAUUUGUUGUCAGUGCUUCUGAAAAUGAAGUCUUCCUCGUCCUUGACUUGAGAUCUUUGAGUUCACAAAGUGCCCAGAUAUUUUUGUUCCUAGAUAAUUGUUCUCACUGCCUUAUAGUAUAUUCUGUUAAUAAAUAUUACAUGGAAUAUUAUUCCAUGAACUCACCCACCAGUAUCUCAUGACCUGAUGUUGUGUAUCCCAAAAUUUCUUUCUUCUAAAUCUUUCCUGUGGGAUACAAAUCUUAGUUUACAAUGUAGACUGCUAUGAUAAGGACUUGCACAAUGAUCAAGUUUAGGAUAUGAAUUAUCAUUGUACUCAUAGUUUUUGAUAAAGUCAGUAGUAGCAUCAGUACUUAGCACUGCUGCUAAGAUAGACUUCAGAUCUUUCACUCUCAUCCCUCAGCUAGGUCAGUUUGUGGCCAUGUUAUAAACCAGCUCAUUGAGUCCACUCAGGUUAAAAAUAUAACUCUCUCUCUUUUUUUUUUUUUUCCAUCUUAUUUCGAUGUUUACAGCAUGUACCCCAAAACAGCAUAUACCAUGAUGCUAGGGUGAGGCUCAGGAUCUCUAACACUUACAUUAGUGGCAAAGACAGUGUACUGUGAAACUAUAACCUUGACAUUAGACAUGGGUAUGAUCAAAGUAUGAAUUUUUGGAGCAAGUUCUGAUCCUACUUUGAACAAACAGAUUUUUUUACAAGCAAUUUAACUGAUUUACAUGCAAAUAAAAUAGUCUUACUUAAUUCAGUCUUAAAUGUAACAUAUAUGUGCAUGUGGGGUCAUUUGCUCUUUAUUUACUGCCCUCCCUUCAGAAGAAUAUGGCUAACAGUCUACAACACACAAAGCUCAGAUUCCUUUGAUUUGAGAACCAGCUUCCAGCUACACAUACAUAGUCUGUUGUAACCCAGAUUUUCUCAUGAUGAUGUCGUCUGAAAGGACUGUGUGUACAUGCUGCAGAUUCCUUCAAGAACCUGACAGAUUUCUUGGCAAUCUUCAUUUAUUUAUGCAUUUAAAAUAAUACAUAUAUAAACAUACCAGAGCUUGUUUUAGAGCUAAAGAGUUUCAUUAAUAUAUUGAGCAUGUCAAAGUCUGAGUGCUGUCUUGUAUUCUUUGGCUUAUUACUGUAGAGAGGGAUUUUUGUAAAAACAGAGCAUUUACUUCUUAGGACUUUGUAGCUUUUUGAAAUGGGUUAAUCAGGAAAUCCACAGUAAAUGAUUUAUGCCAAAGGAUAUCAGCAGCUAAAAUUCUUUGCAAAGAGCACAGCUAACAAUAAAUGUAUUUUCCAUCAUUCACUUUUAAUUAGCAGCUCUGUGAAGCUGUAAAGAAAUAAGUAGUUAUGUAUGGUUAAAUAAUUGCUUCUUCUCCUGACCUACCUGCAAGGCACUCCAAAGACGAUAUUUGCUUUCAAGAUUGGAUUGCAAUCUAGCACUACAUCUUCUGUGUCACUUAAUUUUACAGUUACAGAGAUAGGUAAAGGCUCAAAUGGAGAAAAAGAUCUAUAAUAAGAACAGUAAUUGCUCCUUUUGUUAACGUAUGCCGUAGUGACAGAAAUGAAACACUAGUGUAAAGGAAGCAGACUGUGAGAAUUACAGACAAUUCAAAAUCUUUCAAAUGGGCUAGAAUGUGCUUGUGUCAACUACAAACAAGAUCAUCAAACGUGAAGGCGUCUGCUGUUGGCUUCAGUAAUAAGACAAUUUCACUCCUGAUAAAGGAUCACUGGAUCUUGCAGUUAAUUAUCUAAAUAUAAGGUGAAGUCCCGGCAGAGUAGCCAGUUAUACUGAGUUUCCAGACUGUGCACUCAGCGCAUCUAUUUUAGCAGGUUGUUAGUUUACAUCGGCAAUUUUAUGUGCAUUUGAAUAGAGAAUUUGUGACAGUUUGUUAAUUUCUUUGCUAGUAAAAAAUCAUCUAAAUGGUGAGCUAUAGAGAGUGGUUGGCCUGCACUGACCUUUGCAAUCCUGUAAUCUAUUCUUUUUUACAGAAACAAAGGCCAAGUAUACUAAACUGCCCUUGUUUAAAAUUCAGCAAAGGGCUGUUACUGCUCCGUAAGUAGCUCAUUGCCAUGUUAACCACUCUAGAAUUUAAAGCUUUUCUUAGUGUCUCAUCUGAAUAAGAGCAGAGAGUGUGAGAACGGUAGAAUGGUUGCGCUUGGUCAGAGUAAAGGGUGGUGCUGCUCUGCAGUCUUGUCUCUGAUAGCAACUAGUAGCAGCUGCUGAGGGAACAGUAUGAAGACAGGAAGAUCAUGUAAUGCUGUUUCCCCCAACUACUUCCCUUGUCCGAGACAAUCUGUGGCUCAGCUCAGGGACUUCCUGAGCCAGUGGUGGUGGCUGCCAGUUUAACAGGCCUUGAUGGAAUUUCCUUUCUAAACUGAACAAGCCCGCUUCUAUCGGUUCUUCCACAAAGGUCAUAUUUUUCAACAUUUCAGUUGCUUUCCUUAAAAAUCUGUCCAGUUUUUGAAGCAUAAUGCCCAGAUUGUGAUGCAGUACUCCAUACGCAACCUCGCCAGUAGAGUAUGGAGUAAUAGUCACCUCACAUAAACCACUGAGCCAUUAAAUUAUUUUUGAGUUCAUCUAGGAACAAAAUCCUUUCAGAAUUUUUACCCCCAACUACUAAGAUGACAAAUGAAAAUAUUUGGUCUGAUGGAGGAGAAAUAUUUAUUCGCUGUCAGUAGAAUUUGGUUGGACAAUGUUUUUCUUUGCUAACAAAACAAGAAGUUGUUAAAUCAAAAUGAUCUUCCAACAGCUGCCACCUGGUCUAACAUAAACUAAAGACGCCAAAAAACACUUGUUGAAAUUUCAGCUUGACUUUUCAGAGCUGUUCUGAUCUCUGAUGAAUAAGUAUGUAUCACAAAAUAUAUUAUUGCACAAGAAUCAUGGGAGUGGAUAUAUGGAUAUCAGAGAUCAAACUGAAGGCUUACUUAGCGAAUUUUUAAAAUGCUUGGAAGCAUGCUUUAUUCAUAUUCACGACUUUUGAUGGUCUCAUCUAUAUGUUUUUAUUUUACCAUCUUGAAUUUUAAAUUUAAAAAAAAAAAUUCUCCUUGAUUUAAUUGACUUGGAAAUUUGUGCAGUAAUCAGGUAAGUGGUAAUGGUACGGUGAUGACAAGUGAUAAUAAGACCAGGUUCAUAGGUAGGGGUGAUAUCUACCUACCUAUGAACUUUGCUUUGUAAACAGAUGCAGCAAUACAGUUUGAGCUACAGAUACUCAGUAUAACCGUUUUAGAUACUCUGUCUGACCUUGCACCUGGCCAUCUCUAAGCUACAGACAGGUUGUAAGAAUAAAAUUUGACCCAACUGUUUGAAUGCUCUGUUAGCCCAUUUUACACUUUCUGAAUUUGACAAAAGAUUCUGAAGAAGUGACUAUAAUUUAGUAGAUGAGGGAAAAAGGGAUUGUUUCUUUGUUACAAAGUGGCUUCUUUUAUAAGGGUUGAAUGCAACCAAAUUUUGAAUACUUUCACUCCUAUGAAAAUAUAAAAGAUGUCAGAUGAAGAGGGCACACAGGCAAGCCCAUAAAAACACAUUAACAGUAGCUCAUGUCAGAUACCUAUAUACAGCUCAUUAGAUAGCUUUAGGAUACUUUUUAAAGAACUUACAUUUCAGGUUAAGAGAUAAGAUGUCUUUUUGUAAAUACACUUACUGAUGUAAGUAGUAGUAGUUAUAAGAGCAACUUAGAAUAACUGUAGAGACUGAUUUAGUAUUACUAUUUUCACACUGCUUGUGAUUCAUAACAAUGCCCCAGGUGAUACUGUACAAGAGAAGGAUACGAGGUUUCCUCCCUCAGUUUACUAUCUAAGCAGUAGAGGCAAGGCAGUUAGUGUAUUGAGAAUGUUGCUUAUCAUCCCGUGCCAUGAACCACUAUCUUACUUUGCCCUCUCCUUCUUAGACUGUACAUGUUCUGGGAUAAAGCCUGUCUUUGCUGUGGAUCAAGCAGGUCCUGACUGGAGUUUCUGUGACACAAACGUUAAACGUUUAUAAGGAGUGACAAGAGUCCAGGGAAGGACAAACCAAGGGACUAACGUGGUGGUAAUGGUUGAAUUGAUCAUGUCACUUGUAGGUUUUUUCCUUGUAUUUUUUGGAUAGAUAGAAAGAAGUUUCAUGGGUAGAGAGAAAUAAGUUUUUAAGGAUUGUUUUGGACAAGAUAGCGUUAACGUAACAAACUGGAUCAGGGAGGGAGCUCCAUUUUUGAGGACAUUGUAAAAGAUGCAGAGAAGAGAGCUCACACCUAAAGGCAUGGUGAAUAGUGCAGCUUGAACUAUUUGUGAGGAGAGGGCUAAACGCUCAUGGCCAGCGCUGUCAGAAAUGUGCUGUGGUUUAUUUCAUCCUUUAUAAACAUGAUCAGCCUAUUCUGACCUUUAUAACUUGUUAGUUUUUAUUCUUAAGGCUUCACAGACAGUCUUCUUUAGGGAAUGUAGUCCAGGCAUCCUCUAGACUGGGCUGCAUGGGUCCUCUGCUGUGCACUCUCAGUCCCUCCUUUAGGCUGGCUUUUGCAACCAUACAGUAAUUUAGGGCUGAAAAUGCAUCACUUCUUUAGCUUUCAGCUGGGCUGUCUCCCUCAACUGACUCAUCAUGUGAUUGAAAGAGCACUAAUACCAGCUCAGGGGAGAAGGAGGGAAUACAUGUCUAGCAAAAAGAAAGAAGGCUAUAGCUCAAAUAUAAGUCAGUUUGAAGUAUGUCAUUAAUGUUUACAUGCUGUGAAGUACAUCAUUAGUGUCCAUACUAAAGCAGGAUAAACUCAACUCUAUACGUUGCUUCCCUCACCUCCGUAUUUUCUGUUGAAUAAUGAUGAUGCCACCCAUUAUUUUCCUAAAUCAUUUUGACUUCUCCCUCUUUUUUGCUCUUCAUGCCUAGGCUGUCUAAGACCUGUUGUGUCUUACUCUAUAGGGUCUCUAGGAUGUGUUUAUUAUACUGCCAGUCAAACCAAAAUUAUCAGGCAAGUCUUUUUCUCUUCUCUGAACACUGUUUCCACAUUUCUGGUCUCUGUGACACCCACAGUCCUUUGCCUUUACUGCUGCUCUCAGGGGUUUCAGAUUUUAAAAUAAUACAUAUUUUUUUCUUAUGUGUUUGUAACACAACUUGAUUCUUCUGUACCUUUCAGCACUUGAAUGACUAGGUUUAGAAAUGUAUAUUGAAUUUCUCAAUUGACUUGAUUUAGCAAGCUAACUGCAAGCUAUCCUGCAGAGAACUGAAACAGAAGAUGGAUACUAUAAUGGGGAGUGUUGCAGUCAAAACAGAAAUAAUAAUGUGUUUCAGCUCAAAUUUAUACCACCUUUUUCUUUGUGUUGGCUUUUAUAAGUAUUUCUGGUUUGCUGAAAAACAUAGGUUGUAUUUUAGAAAUAAUUACAAUUGUAGCACAAAGUCCCAAAAUGAGUAUGUUACUUGUGCACGGGUCAGGCCAACAAAUCUUCAUAUUUAAAGACUGCUUCCUGACCUUCUCCAGCUGCAUGAAAGAGAACAGAGAAUAACUUCAAGUUCCCAAAUAGAAAGUGACCAAUGCUUUCCUUUAUUUCUUGCUAUUAAGAAGAGACCCGUUCCUAAAUAAACAAAAAGAGAAAAAUCAGUGCUUAAAAUCACUCUUCAGUAGUCAUUACUAACAGAGGAUCAGCCAUUUCAUCUGGAUAGUAGCACCGUAAAUGAGAGGCUGUUUAUGAUGUUUGAUGUGUGUGUUCCUUAAAUAAAAUAAAAGGCUUUUUAUGUCCAGUUACACAAUUUUAUAUUUACUCUGGGAUGAAGGCCAGAAAUCCAUGAAUUGUCCCCAGGAUCUUUCAUCCAAAGUCACAGAUGGUCAAAUUUAAACGAGUCCAAGCUGUCAGUUUCUGUGCAGCUCAGUAUGCCAUUGUACUCAAAGUUGUUAAUGUCCUAAUGUAAAUGUUCACAGACAGCAAUGAGCUAGUGAGCUCGUGAGCUCUAGAUCUGGAAAGGUUGUAGAGAUCUGGCCCUCAUAGAUUAGUGCUAAGUGAAACUUAUACAGGACCAGGAAGCCUCAAAAGUGCUCUUUGGGCUAUUGACCUUGUCUUCCUCUAAAGCAGGCAUCCAUGUCAUAUUCAAUCCUACUCGUAAAUGUAUUCCGCCUUCUUUGUAAGCUAUACAAGCCAAACUCUUUUUUUUCUCUCCUAUUUUACUAUCCUGUAAUGUACCAGGUAAUGUAUUCCCAACAGAAACAUAAAUAUUAGUGGCCAUACUGAAAAUUACUGGACCUGGGCAUGCAAGUGCUAGAGAGACCCUUCUAGUUUGACCAUUUCUGGAAAUAAUUAUACUGGGAUGAUUGCCUAUGGGAGCACUGAACUAGAUUCAAUGUCUUUGGAGAUAUCUUUCAAACCUGCAGUUUUUGCUGUGUGCAUUCUUUCCUCCAGUGGUGUGUCUUCCUUCUUACCAGUCUUCAGCACUUCUCUAGUAUUCUGCUUCCAACUUCCUAGGAGCUAGGCCACUUUUCGCUUCUUUUCUGAACCUGUUGUUUGAACCUCAUGAAACAGCAGAGCAGAGAGAACCCACACCCAUGCACUGCUAUGCAUUUCUAUCCAUAAACAAAAGUAUUCUUAGGGCUGAUAUCUUGUCUGUCCUGACUUUCCUUCCAGGGAGGUUUGACCUCUUUUUCAGCAUGGCCUCCCUAUUCCUUUCUGGCCUUUAGAGGAUUCCCUUCCAGGAAUCUCCCUCCUCAGUGAUAGCAAGAUGCUAACAUCUCCCCAGCAAGCCUGAUUCUUAGACACAUGUUCCUCAUUACAUGAGCUUUACUUGUUCUUUCCAAAAGGAAGGUGGCACAGUUAAGACUGAGUCUUAGUUGCCCCAAAUAAGCUUGCUUCUUGUUGUGAUAGGGGCUGAAAAUAUGCUCUCCAGCUGCUAUGCCAUUGUGCUUUAGCUCCCCAGCUGCCUAGCCUUGAGCCCUAGAAGCUUUGGGAACUAGCAGUUGUGCUUAAACCUUCCCCGUUCUCCAAGAGCAUGUGUUUUCAGAACAUAAUUGAUACUGAAUCUCCCCUGAAUCAAACCGUUUCCAAAUUUUAUUGAGCAGUAAUAAUGGAUUGUGUCCUAAUUUUAAUCAAAAGGGUGUGAGUGUGUUGUUUGUUUUUUCAUUUUUAUUGUACAUGUACAUUGCCAGGUAUCACACUGAAAACCUUGUCUGGCAAAGAGCUUGUAUAUUUCGCGUAUCAAACUUUACAGUUAUUUACUCAGGAGAUAAAUAAAAACUUAUUUUUUCUUAGAAAGUUAUCUAAUGGCAAGAGAACUGAAUGCUGUUCUACCGAGUAGGCUCUGUGGAGAUACUUAAAAUGCACACUUACUUCACAUCCUUAAUUAGAAAAGCUAUUUAACUUUGUUUUCUCUUAUCAAGGCUUUGCACCUGAGCUGCUGUGAGUGCUUGUCUGUCCAUCUGUCCUAUCUUCAACAUAUACAAAAUACAUAUCCCUCAGCAUUUCCCAGAAUAGGGCCUCAGGGCAGUACGGAUUGUCAAAGGAAACCACAGUGAAAGCAAUGGAUCUUGAUAGGCUGCUGUUUAAUUGGUUAAUAAAUUAAAGUUAAAUAUAAAAGGAAAUGUUUAAAAGAACAAACUACAGUGAGAGACUCCUGGCAGGGCUACAGAGAGAAACUGCAUGUGAUACACUCUGAAGUUCACAGGCACUGAGAAAGAUCCAAAGUUUCUCUUUGGUAUGGAGACAGGAAACACACACCAGACUAGUAGUCUUCAGCAGCUCUUAAAAAAAGAAAAGGAAAAAAAAACAGAACAAACAAACAAUUUUAUCUACAUUUCAUUUCCACAGACUCAGUCCUGCUGUGCUGGUAUAUCAAGCUGUAUGUGAAUCAGUCUGCAUAUCUCUUCCUUUAAGCUCUGUAUAAUGUCAGUCUCUUUCCUUCAACUGCAAGUUCUCAGGGCAAAUCCUCCUUCCACAAAGCAAAAUCCCUCGUGUAUAUACUGAUCUCUGCUAAAUGUGUGGUUUGCACCUAACCUGCCAAUUGCUGACACUGUUUUAAUCCCUGUGCUGAUUAGAUUGGCCUUGAGUAGGUUUAGAUCAGCAGGUGUUUAAAGCAGUUAUGAAGCCUGCAGUCUGUCCAGGUUAAGGCUCCAAGUAUUAGUUUGGGGUCAGCUAUAGGUAAUAGCAGAGAGACGUGAACCACUUGUAUUCGUGGGUUUCUACUGUUUCUUUGGUUUCUUUGUGACAGCGGUUCCUGCCUGUGACAUUUUCCCAAACCCUCUUGUUUCUCUUUUUCUUAUUUUCACAUUUUGCUUCCUUCCUUUCUCCCAUGGAUGUGAAUCAGGACUGAAAGUCUUUUUAGCAUGUUUGAUAAUGUGCAUCACCAUGAUUAUUUUUAACCCUUUUUUAUUUGGGGGGGAGGAGGGGUUGAGUUUCCCCGGUUUCAGAAGUUAGAUCUCUCAAAUUCAGUCCCAUUCACUUUGAAAAUCUUUUUGGUUGCUAAUACUUCUUUAGUGCCUGUAAUAAAACUAUCCCUCACUAUUGUGUGUAUCGUUUUUUCCUCCUUAUCCUGUACUCCUGACAGCUGCCUAGGUGGCCUGGAUAUGGUUUGUCUACCCUUCAAUUCGUAAUGAUUGAAUGGGAGAGGGGAUGCUUUCACAGGGCAGCAUAAAUGCUAUAUCAGCACUGUUGUCUGAUUCUUUUUUAAAUAGAAGUUUAUUUUAUAAUUCCACUUUCCCUUAGAGAUGCACUUCAUUUUAAGCAAUCUUAGCAAUAGUUUGUUUCUGCAGUAUCUUUUGCUGGCUCUUUAGUAUGAGCGCUUUAUUAAAGAACACUAGUUGCUCUUGUCUGUGUAAGUGAUAAGUGAAGAAGGAAUCUUUUUCUGUGUGGCAUAUGCUUCUGGAUGCAUCUUCCCAUAAUUUUUUCAGAGGCCUGUCUGCUGUGCAACCAUGUGGCACUUUUAGCAUCACAUAAAUAGGUAGGUGGGGGCUUAGGGGGAGAAUAUUGUGUCAACUGAGGAGGCUGGUAGCAGGUAGAUUUCUGACCUAGGAGCUGAGCUUAGGUCCUCUGCAGGAGAUAUGUCUUCUAAUUGUCUUGCUGUAAGAUUCCUAAGAAAGAGAUUUGCUCUCUACACUUCAAAAGCACUAAAAUAAUGGAGAUGGUACAAACUGUUCCCUUUUACCUGAAGCUUUGUGGCUCCCUCACAAUUCUUAGACUGCUGGUGUUAGAAGCUGUGACUGAUACCCAAUAUCAGACACCUUCCUGUAAACUUUCCCUGUCUUGGGGUCAAGAUUAACAAGCUGUUGAUCCCUCUUCUCACUUAUGUAUGACUCACUCUCACCUGUUAAUUCAUAUCCUCAGGAAGAAAAGUUUAGAGAUGACUGGGGAAGAGGGGAAAUAAUUUGAUCUUGAAAGGCAGGGAGAAGCUUGGUGAGGCAGGGGUAUUUUGGUGUAUUGAAUCUUGCUGCCUAAUUGUGCAUAAUUUGUUGUAUAGUAGAAAAGUCCUGCUUAUUCUUUGCUAUUUCCAGGUUUGUUUGGUUUGAGUUUUUUUCAUCUUGAAUACCGAACAGAUCCAAUUGCUGCUGUUAGAAGGGGAAGCCUGUCUACCGAGAAGGGUCCAUAAUGAUUUUCUUCACUUCUUGGAGAGUUUUUGAAUGCUAAAUUGCCUGUGUGUAUUCUUCAUGUACCAUAUGCAAAUAUUCUUCAGGAAGUGAUACUACCACUUCAGACAGUCAAUAUUUUCUAUGUAAGAACUGUACACGUUUCCUAUACUGCCAAGAAUGUAUAUAUAUCUAUGAAGACUUAAGAUUGUAUCUUUUUGAGCAAGUCUCUUUCUUUAACCAUCUGAAAUUUUCCUCCUGUUUCUCAAGUUCUCUGCUAAUUUAUUAGACACUUGUGUUACAUUGUGUACUUUUUUGUAUUGGCUGUAUUGCUAUAUUUCUCCUUUCCCUCAUUAAAACCUGUUCUUCUCA